UCACUACACUGCUUGUUUUCCAAUUUUUUCUUUUUUUUCAUGUCCCACCUUGGUAUAAAUAUCAAUGGCCCCUUCUUCUUUCUUCUUCACUUUCUGCAGGAAGAGAAGCUCUGGUACAAUAAUUAUAAUGGGUGCCCUAGAUUACCUCUCCAGCUUUUGUACUGUCACUACCACAAGAGGCAAAAGGAAGCCUAUGCAGACAGUUGAGAUCAAGGUGAAGAUAGACUGCGACGGAUGUGAAAGACGGGUCAAGAAUUCUGUUAAGAACAUGAAAGGAGUUAGAACUGUGGAGAUUAACAGAAAGCAGCACCGUUUAACGGUGAGUGGCUUUGUGGAUGCGAAGAAAGUUCUGAAGAAAGUGAAGAGCACAGGGAAAAGAGCUGAACUAUGGCCUUACAUUCAGUACAACCUAGUCCAGUAUCCUUAUGUUUCUCAAGCCUACGACAAGAAAGCGCCAUCUGGCUUUGUUCGCAAUGUGACACAAGCAGUUCCUGCGCCUAAUGCAACAGAUGAACGGAUCACUUACCUAUUUAGUGACGACAACCCUAAUGCUUGCUCUAUUAUGUGAAAAAUGGCUUCUUCGGUGUCUUACUCUUGUCUCAAUUAUUUACGGCAAGAGGGUAUGAAGAUAACAAGCAAAUUAAUUGCAGAGUAUUUGAAGCAUGUGAGAUGGAAUUCAAGACAACCUUUUUUCUGUUGUCUGAUUGUAUUAAUCUUGUGUUUGUUGUCCCUUUCAAUUUGUAAUUCUGUUUUCUCUGUUCAUCAAGUGUUUGUAAUCUGAUGGCAAUGUGAGAAAGAAGUGAUGAUUACAGGACAAGAAAAAAGAUUGUAUUGGAAGGUUUUUGUGCUUGCAGAAGAGCCAACAUAUUUAUAUUGGAACAGACAAUUCUUGCUUUAAUGUUUGCUACA